UGCCAGAGACGGGGACCAGCAAGUGCAGCUCCCUGAGCACUCUACACAGAGAUGGGGACCCCAGACACGAGGAGGCUCCUCGUGGUCACCAGCCUGGUGGCUGUGCUGCUGUGGGAGGCAGGCGCGGGCCCAGCACCCAAGGUCCCUGACAAGGCCCAAGUUAAACACUGGCCCUCGGAGCAGGACACAGAGAAGGCCCAGGGUGUCCGUGAGGUGGAGCUUCCGGAGAAGGACGACCAGCUGGUGGGGCUGCUCCCCGUCCAGAAGCCAAAGCUCUUGACCGCUGAGGAGAAGCCACCAGGCACCAAGGCCUGGGUGGAGACUCAGGACAUCCCGGGCGGUGUCCUGAGCCCCCAGCAGGGUCCCGAGCCUGACUAUGAUGGCCUGUACCACCCUCCACCUGAGGAGGACCAGGGUGAGGAGGAGCCCCAGUUGUGGGUGAUGCCAAAUCGCCAGGUGCUCCAGGGACCAGAGAAGGACCAAGACCACAUCUACCACCCCGAGUAGGGCUCCAGGGGCCAUCACUGCCCAUCCCUGUCCAGAGGCCCAGGCUGUUGGGACUGGGACCCUCCCUCCCCUCCCAGCUAGACAAAUAAACCCCUGCAGCCUGGGUGCGGUGGCUCAUGCCUGUAGUCCUAGCAGUUUGGGAGACUGAGGUGGGAGGAUCACUGAGGUUGGGAGUUUGAGACCAGCCUGGGCAACAUGGUGAAACCCCAUCUCUACUAAAAAUACAAAAAUUAGCCAGG